AUGUCGUAUACCCCUAUCAUCAUAGGCGUAGGCGACCACGUCAAUCGAUCGCCGUCAGUGUCCGAAGCCCACGAGCCCCUGACACUCAUCCUCACCGCGAUUGACAAUGCUCUGAAAGACACCGACCUCCCAGCGUCUGGGAUACAGAAACUCCAAUCAUCCAUCGACAGCAUCGACGUCGUGCGCACCUGGACCUGGCCCUACGAUGACUUGCCCGGCGAGAUUGGGCAGAAGCUAGGCGUCGAUGCGCGCCACCGCUGCUAUAGUGAUCACGGGGGAAACAAGCCGGCCAGACUCUUCGAUGAAGCCGCGAGACGGAUCUCCAAAGGCCAGACCAGAGUUGCUGUCGUGACUGGCGGAGAAGCAUUGGCGUCAUUGACAGCAUGCGUCGCGGCCAAGAAGAUGCCGCCGCCUGGAUGGACAAAGACGAAAGACAGCGUCGACACAGUGUUUUCUGCCACGACACGUGAUCGAGGAAAUAAUAUCGGUGCCGACCACUCCAUCGGCGCCCCGAUCCAGAUCUAUCCGCUUUAUGAAAACGGGUUCCGCGCCCACCGCGGCCAGUCUAUAGUCGACAACCACCAAGAAUCGGCCCAGCUGUAUGCCGAAUUCGCCAGAGUGGCGAAACAACAUCCCUAUUCGUGGAGUUAUGGCAAGAAGGCGAAAACACAGACCGAAAUUGGGGCGGUGACCGAGCAGAACCGAAUGAUCUGUUUUCCUUAUCCGCUCUUGAUGAACGCCUUCAACACCGUCAACCUCGCCGCCGCAUGUAUUUUGACAUGUACCGAAUAUGCCGAACAACUAGGCAUUCCAAAGACGAAAUGGAUCUACGCUUUAGGUGGAGCAGGAACGCAGGACAGUGAAAAUUUCUGGGAACGACCGAAUUACUACUCAAGUCCGUCCAUCGUGCGGUCAAUCGACACGGGCGUGGCCGUUUCUGGGCUGGCGAAAGAGGACAUUGACUUGUUUGACUUUUACUCAUGUUUCCCCAUUGUGCCAAAGCUCGCAGCUACACAUCUCAAUCUCCCCAUCACGAACGGCAGAAAACCAUUGACUCUUCUAGGCGGAUUGACCAGCUUCGGAGGAGCAGGCAACAACUAUUCCAUGCAUGCAAUCACCGAAAUGACCCGCCAACUACGACAAGGCAAAGGCCGUUAUGGUCUCAUCCUCGCCAACGGCGGCUGGUUGACUUACCAGCAUGUGCUUUGUCUGUCGACAAUGCGGCGACGAGAUGGCGGCCCGUAUCCGGCGGUCCCUCCGUUGCCGGAAUACGUGACUGACGUUCCAGUACCGCCGGUCAUUGCCAAAGUCCAGAUCCAGGGUGAGGGUGAGAGUAAGAGUGAAGACACUGGAGGCGAAGUUGAGGCAGUCAUUGAGACCUAUACAAUCGACUACGACCGCCACAACCGCCCCGUCUUGGCCCAUAUCGUCGGCCUCCUCAAGACCACACGCCACCACCAUCGAUUCCUCGCGAACCACGCCGAUCAAGAAACACUAGAUUUCAUGGCGACUUGGACUGAAGAGAAGAUCGGGAUGGCUGGUCGGGUGUGGUAUGAUCCAGUGACGAGGAGGAAUUUGUUUACGUUGAAAAAGAAAAAGAAAGCACAUCACGACGAACUUGAAGUGGACGAGAGGAAGGACAAUGAAAAGAAUGGGAAGUUGGUUGGGAAGUUAUGA